UGUUUAUUUUCAGUCAUGACUGAAAGCUUAUGCUUUUAAAAUGUAUAAAAUAUCGACCAUGGCGUUUGUUCAUUAUUUUGAAGCCUAUAGUUGACAUUGAAUGUUACCCAACAUAGCAUCAACUUAGAUAAAGAGAGGAGUGACAGAAUGCCUUCAAAAUCAAAAUCGUGUGCUGCCUCUGGAAAUCUUGGUGUUAAUGUGAAGCUUUCCAAAUCAGGAAGAACAACCAACUUUCAAUUAUCUUCUAAUAAAACGAUUGAAGAUGUGUGCAAACAGGUUGCUGAAGAAGAGAAGGUAUCUGCCAGAGAAAUCAUCAUCAAAUACAGUGGCAAGAUAUUAAACAGAUUUCAUAAACUUAGCUACCUUGGCGUUCGGCCUGAAACAGUUCUAAAAGCAGAGGUGGUUGAAGUGAAGAAGUACAACAUUAAUGUUCAGAAGGAGAAUGGUGAAACCAUCCCAAUGUGUAUUGAGAAUAUAAAUACGAUUCAAGAAGUCAAGAAUAUGUUAGCUGAAAGGUUAGAGGUUGGAUCAUCAAAUAGUGUUGAGAUGGAGGUGAAGGGUAAGAAAAUAAUAGGGAAGGAGAGUCAGUCAGCAAUCUCAUUGGGAUUGGAUGAUGAAGCUUUGGUGAAGGUGAAAGUGGUUAAACGACCAGAAGCAGCAUCAAAUAAUGGUCAAAAUCAGGAAGAGAAUGAUCGACUCGAUGAAGCUACUCUUCAGGAGCUGUUGAGUAGUUUUGUUGUAGAGGCAGGGAACAAUGUUGAGGUAGUGUUCUCAUUUGACACCACCGGUAGCAUGUUUGCCUGCUUGGACCAGGUCCGUUCAAAAGUUGAGGAAACAACAAGCCGUCUGCUUCAAAAUAUUCCCAAUAUCAGGAUCGGCAUUAUGGCGCAUGGUGAUUAUAACCAUCAUCAAAGCAAGUACGUAUUAAGAAAGUGUGAUCUGACAAACAACCGGAGUAAACUCAUUCGAUUCAUUAAUGACGUUCCAUCAACUGGUGGAGGUGAUUCUCCAGAGUGUUAUGAAUGGGUGUUGAAGAAAGCACAAGAGUUAAGCUGGACCGAAGGAUCUGCCCGAGCAUUGGUGAUGAUAGGGGAUGAUGUGCCCCACCCUCCAUCUUUCACAGAUCAACAUAUCAACUGGCAUACAGAGCUUGAUAGAUUAAGAGAUAUGAACAUCAAGGUGUACAGUGUGCAAGCCAUGCACGGCCCUUAUAAUGCUAACUUUUUCUUUGAGGAGAUGGCAGAGCGCACAGCUGGUACCUAUUUGUGAAAUAUA